AUGGACUCUGACGAUGAUUUCAUGAGCGACGUCUCCAGCCAGGAUGAUUUCUUGGGUACCCAGGGCUCUGACGAUGAGAGCUUGGGUGAAGACUUCGAUGAUCUCGACGCCGGAUUCUCGGACGAUAAAGACCUCAUUAAACAUAAAAAGAAGCCAUACGAAGUCGAGUUCAAGGUUCUUGCUCCUGCAGAUAUCGAUCACGAACAGCUUGGCCAGGUCAACGAGGUUUGCGCCAUUCUCGGACUGCCGCCUGAGUCGGCGGCGAUUUUGUUACGGUUCGGCCGGUGGAACAAAGAAAAGUUGAUCGAGUCUUAUAUGGAGCAUCCGGAGCAGACGCUGGAGGAGGCUGGUCUUGGAUCGAACUUUGAGGGGACCGCGAAGACCGAGUGCAUCCCGGGCUUCAUGUGUGAUAUCUGCUGCGAGGACGGUGAUGACCUCGAGACGUAUGCCAUGCGUUGUGGUCACCGAUAUUGUGUCGGCUGCUAUCGGCACUACCUGGCGCAGAAAAUCAAGGAAGAAGGAGAGGCUAGUCGAAUCCAGUGUCCAGGCGACCGCUGUAAUCGCAUCGUGGACUCUAAGUCGCUGGAUCUGCUCGUGACAAAAGAGCUUCAAGGAAGAUACCGUGAACUUCUAACUCGAACAUACGUUGACGACAAUGAGAACCUAAAAUGGUGUCCCGCGCCAAACUGCCAAUACGCCAUUGACUGUGGGGUAAAGCAACGUGAUCUCCGUCGCAUAGUUCCCACAGUGCGAUGUUUCUGUAAGAAUGAGUUCUGCUUCGGCUGUUCCCUCAGCGACCACCAGCCCGCUCCAUGCACCCUGGUCAAGAUGUGGCUACAGAAAUGUGAAGAUGACUCCGAGACGGCCAACUGGAUCUCGGCAAACACCAAGGAGUGUACCAAAUGUAACUCGACGAUCGAGAAGAACGGUGGCUGUAACCACAUGACGUGCCGCAAGUGCAAGUACGAGUUCUGCUGGAUGUGUAUGGGUCUGUGGUCCGAGCAUGGCACGAGCUGGUAUAACUGCAACCGCUACGAAGAAAAGUCAGGCGCGGAUGCUCGCAGUGCUCAAGCCAAAUCACGUUCCUCCCUGGAGCGCUAUCUGCAUUACUAUAAUCGCUAUGCGAACCAUGAACAGUCUGCCAAGCUCGACAAGGACUUGUACCUGAAGACCGAGAAGAAAAUGACUAGCCUUCAGUCACAGUCUGGUCUGUCCUGGAUUGAGGUGCAGUUCCUGGACACCGCGUCGCAGGCCCUGCAGCAGUGUCGCCAGACCUUGAAGUGGACCUACGCCUUUGCAUUUUACCUUGCGCGCAACAAUCUGACCGAGAUAUUUGAGGAUAACCAGAAGGAUUUGGAAAUGGCCGUUGAGAGUCUCAGUGAGAUGUUCGAGAAACCAGUUGCCGAGUUGGCAGGACUCAAGGUCGAUAUCCUGGAUAAGACUACUUACUGCAACAACCGCCGGGUGAUUCUAUUGAGUGUCACUGCUGAAAACUUGAAGAAUGGAGAGUGGACAUUUAACAUUGAUUGGUAA